UUUCAUUUCCGGGUAGUAUGGUGUUUACAGUUGCGUGGUCGUUGUGAGUGAGAAACGUCUGAUGUUUGAGUGAAAUAGCAACGUGUGCGUCGCAUUUAACAGCGAGUUUAGUGUGUUUUCGCUACACAUGGCAUCUCAGAUCCCCAUAAUCAUCAAGGCUCAGCCUGCAGCCGCCAGCUCUGCCGCUGCCCGGGGUAAGAAGCGUCCCGGGAGUCCGGCGGUGUCAGCUGCUCCGCAGGCCACCGGGAGCAAGAAGAAGAAAUCCCCACUGACGGUGACACCGACAGUACAGACUCAGAUACCAGCAGUAGAGAUAGUGGCAGAGGUAAAAGCAGUGGGAUCAUUAGACAGUGGCCCCACCAUAGCCACAGAGUCCACAGCAAAACCUCCGCCAUUCAAAGACCCAACAUUCAUGCAUUCUGGGAUUGGUGGAGCAGCAGCAGGUAAAAAGAACCGUACCUGGAAGAAUCUUAAACAGAUCUUAUCUUUGGAGCGGACUUUACCAUGGAAGCUCAGUGAUCCCAGCUACUACAGCAUUGAUGCCCCUCCCUCAUUGAAGCCAGCCAAGAAGUACUCAGACAUCUCCGGACUCCCGGCAAAUUACACAGACCCCCAGACAAAACUACGCUUCACAUCCUCUGAGGAGUUCUCCUACAUCCGCCUCCUCCCCACUGAUGUCGUUACAGGCUAUCUUGGCCUACGAAAGGCAAUGUGCAUUGUACCCUGACAGGAGAGUGAGACCUGAAACGUGACAGAGGUUUAAACCAGAGCUGAGCUCAUGUCAGAGUGAGACGCUGUCGAGGGAGCGAGCAGACUCCGAGUGACAGAGGCAAGCCGGAGGAGGGAACCACUGAAAUGAUGAAAUGACUGUUGCUCACAGACUGACCAGUGGAAAAUAUCAGCUCCUAGUAAGGCUGCAGUCUGAGUCCUAAAUGUUACCGCAUUAUCAAACUCUUUUAUUUAGAAAGAAACACAAUUCAAACCAAAACAAAUAGACUAUUAUUACUAAUAUAUUUUUAUAAAUUAAAUGUUGGCACCAUCCCUUAAGCAUGUUUGGGACAGACAGUUGUGUCUCAGGUCCUGGUGAGGAUGCUGUAUGCUCAUUUGUUACCAGUGGUCUAAGUUUUUUCUAUUAUUUACACAAUGUGAAUUCCUAUCAGUCUGAUUGGUUUAGAGAAAAGUUGUAUACAAAGUUGUUAAAGGCUUUAUCUAUGUCAUUUUGACCAUCAGGUGUAUAUAUUAAAGACAGCUUGAAUUGUA